AUGGCCGCGUGCUCCGUCGCCGUGCUGCUGGCACUCGAGGCAUGGCGGGCCUUUGGCGGCAGCACAUCUAUGAUCCGCCCUGAAGACGCCCUGCCUGGAAGGAGCGCUCCAAUGGAGGUGAGCGAGCAGCACUACGUGCUGAAGAACCCCAUGAGGGGGCCAUGGCCUACAGGCAUGCAGAAGUUCGUCUUUGCCAAUGGCUGCUUCUGGGGCAGCGAGAAGGGCAUCUGGCGUCUGCCCUACGGCAUCUUCUCCACGGCCGUCGGCUAUGCUGCAGGUUUCACGCCCAACCCCAGCUAUGAGGAGGUGGUCACAAGCCGAUCUGGGCACGCCGAGGCCGUACAAGUCAUCUUCGACCCUCUCAAGAUCGACUUGGUUGACGUCCUUCGGUGGUUCUGGGAGGCUCAUGAUCCCACGCAGCAUAUGGGACAAGGCAAUGACGUGGGCACCCAGUACCGCAGCGGUCUCUAUUACUUUGAUGAGGACCAGAAAGAGCUAUUCCUGGCCAGCCGCCAGGCGUACCAGGAGGCUCUUCGAGCUGCCGGAGUCGCAUCAGACGCCUAG